AUGGAGCUGGGUCGCGAUCCCGCUUAUUACUCUGGCCAGGGAGCCUCCGGCGGAGGAUCCGCGUAUCCUGGCGGUGGCGGUUCUGGAUAUCCUGGUGGUGGCGGUUCUGCGUAUUCUGGCGGCGGUGGUGGUUCCGCGUAUCCUUCUCACAGCCUUUGGAGCGACGAGGAAGAUGAAGAAGACUACAUGGGGGAGGAAGGCGAUGAAGGGGACGACCUUCCGGACUCCAAGAAACGCAAGCGCGACCGCGGAAGCAACUGGAGCCUCGCGGAGGCGCUCUGGUUCGCGGAGGGCCUCAAAUCGCACCAGCAGAUGCAGGACAGCCUUGGAGAGAACGCGCUGAAGUGGGGAAAGGUCGAGCAGGGCAAGUACCUCGUGAAAUGGAUGGCUUCGGGCCGCGCUCCCGGCGGUGCGGUGUACCAUCGCUCGGCGCAGUCCUGCAUCAGCCGCCAUUACAACACGAAGCUGCUUUUUCGGAAGAUCUUUCGUUGGCAGCGGCAGGUUCAGCAGGAGCAGCGCCGGCGGCUGCAGAUGGAAGGACGCGCCCCUCCUCCUGGGGAUAACUCGCUGGACGCCGCAAAUCCCGGGUACUUCUGGCGGCUGAGCGUGGAGGAGCGCGAGGCGAUUGGCAUGCCGCCGCAUUUCCCGCGAGAGCUUUUUGAUCAUAUGAUGGAGUGGAUGCCGAUUGCGGUGCACGCGCGGCAGGAGCAAGAGAGGACGCACCCGCAGCAGCAGCCCGGUCAACGCGGAAUGCAGCAGCAGCAACAGCCUGGUCAACUCGGUCAACGCGGUCAACGCGGGUCAACGAGUCAACCCCGCGGUGGCGCCGACGGGAAUCAGGCUGGAAUGUGGGAUGUCGGCACGAGCUCCGGAGGGAAUGUUGGGGCUUCUAACAUGCCCGGUGGGAUGCCAUACGUCCCUUCAACUGCGGAAGAUCCGUAUCUCGUGGCUCUGCGCGACCAGGCGAGUCUUUUGCUCGGGCCGCCCGCGGGUCAAGCGGCAGGGGGUGGUGCAGGCGGGGAAGGACUCGGCGCUGGGGCAGGGGAUGAUGGGGACCCGUUGAUUUCGAGGUUGGCGGCGGCGACGGGGCCUGGCGCAAUGGGCGGCGGAAGGCACGGCAGUCAGGGAGACUUGCGCGGGGCUCCCGCGGCAGGCGGGGGGAGGAGAGGACGCGGUCGCGGAAGAGGCGGCGGAAGGGGGCGGGGGGGAGGCGCAGCGUCCGCCGGCGGAUUCGGGUUUGCGGGCGGGCAAGAAGACGACCUGAUGACGUGGCGGGUCUACGACGGUGUGCUGUCUCGGCUUCCGGGGUCGUCGCGCGAGCCGCGCUCGGGCGGAGCGCUGGGGAACGACGCAAUGGUCCGCGCGGCGCACGUGAUUGCGGGGGCGAUGGGCAGGAGCGAGGACGCGCUCGCGAAGCGCCACAAGCUCGAGACGCGUGAGCGAGAGGCCCGGGAAAAGGCCCGGAAGGCCGAGGCAAACCAGCUAAAAACCUACCAGAAUGGCGACCUGGGGCUGAAAAAGGAGAAGCUGAUGUUGCUGAAGCGACAGGUGGAGGCUCAGGAGAGGCUGGUGGUCCUGGAAAAGCGGCGGGAGAAGCGGGAGAAGCAGCAGGUGACGGCGGUUACGGGGAUGGCGCAGGCGGUUGGUGCGGCUGCUGCUGCGGUGCAUGCGGUGGUGGUGGCUUCCGGGAAGAUUCCAAGCUUGGCAGGGCUGGAUAUUGAGGAGUUGGUUAAAUCGAGCGUGGAGAAGCUUAAAGCGAGUAUGGUUGUGGAGGAAGAGGAAGAGGAGGAGGAGGUGGUGGGAAUUGGUGGCGGUGGUAUUGGUGGUGGUUUGGGGGGGUUUGGUGGUGUUGGAGGGGGCGGUGGUGGGGUGGAGGAGCAGGAGGAUGGGGAGAAGGGAAUGGAAGGAUUGGGUGAAGCGGAGGGGGAUGAAGCGGAGAGGGAGCGCGGGGAGGAUGGGGACGUGCGCGAAGGGGCUGCUGUGGCGGAAGCAGCGGAAGGGCAAGAGGUAGUGGGCGCAGGGGGCGGCGGAGAGGGAGCAGAGGGAGCAGAGGGAGGAGGAGUGGUUGCUGAAGGGGUUGAAGGGGGGACAGUAGAGGGAGGGGAGGUGGAGGGAGAGGGGGCCGGAGAGGCAGGGGCAGGUAAGAAGAGUGAGGCUGGCGUGGGAGAAGGCGGUGUUGUGAAGGAGGGUGUUGCUGUGAGUGAAGGUGAUGAUGGGAUGAACGUGGAUGGGGGGGCGGAUGCGGGUAAGGAAGGGAAGGAUGGGCCAGCUGUGGUAGGAGUGAAGGACGAGGUGGGAGAGGGCGGAGAGGGCGGGAAGGGUGAGGAGGGAGAGGAGGGUGAGAAAGGGAGGGAGGGAGAGGAUGAAGAGAAGGUUGCAGAGGAAGGGAAGGAGGAGCAAGAGGGAAAGGCGGGCAGUGAAGGGAAGGAGGUUGUUGAUGGUAUGGAGGUAGACAGUGCGGUAACUGGUGGUACAAAUGCUGAUGCGAAUGCUGCCACUGCUCAUGCGGAUGCUGCGGAAAAGGAGGCAGAUGCAGCAGGAGAUGGUAUUGAUAUGAAGCAAGGUGCAGCCGAGGCGGCUGAAUGGGCUUCUGCUGAAGUGGCCAAGGAGGAGAGAGGGGGAGAUGAGAAGGUGAAAGAAGAUACAAAAGAGGGAGUGGCGGUGGGGGCAGAAGCAGGGAAGGAAGGUGAGGGUGGUGCGGUUGAUAAGGGUGGAGCUGGGGGUGAGGAGGGUUCGAAGGGAGGGGAUGGUGCUGCUGCAGGGGAGACAGCAGGUGAGGGGGAGGGCGGAGUGGGAGGAGCAGAGGGUGCCAGUAAGGAAGGUGACAGUAAGGGAGGUGAGGGUGCUGCAGGGGACGCCAUGGCAGUGGAUGGUGCAGCAGCAGGGAGUGAGGCAGCAGAGGAAAAGUCGUGA